UCCGUUUUUGGGCACACUUCCAAGAAUUGGAGAUUCCUCUGGUCUUCCCACCCUCUCGCCUCACGAUUUCUAAUCGAGUAGGAUCGUUAAGAUGCGUUCCUCUCUUCUCACGAUUCGGAGCUCCUCGUUCUGUUUCUUCGAUUAAUCGAUUCCGUUUUUCGGCGUUUGAUUUAUUGAUUGGAGAGGUGGGGAGAUACUUGGACCGCGGAAGAGGAGAUGGGGGCGCUGUUGUCGAGGUUCUGGUUCAUGUUGUUCCCUGCGAGUGAGUACAAGAUCGUGGUCGUCGGGUUGGACAAUGCCGGCAAGACGACGACGCUGUACAAGUUGCAUCUGGGGGAGGUCGUGAACACGAGUCCUACCAUCGGGAGCAACGUGGAGGAGGUCGUCUAUAAGAACAUACGGUUUGAGGUGUGGGAUCUAGGGGGACAAGAAAGGCUGAGAACCUCAUGGGCAACAUAUUAUCGAGGGAGUCAUGCUCUUAUUGCUGUAAUCGACAGUACUGACCGAGCUCGGAUCAACAUUAUGAAGGAUGAGCUUUUUCGACUUCUUCAGCAUGGGGACCUCGAGCAUACCGUGGUACUCGUAUUUGCCAAUAAGCAGGAUCUCAAGGAUGCCAUGUCCCCGGCCGAGAUAACUGAUGCUCUCUCCCUCCACAGCAUCAAGAAUCAUGACUGGCACAUCCAGGCUUGCUGUGCCAUUACCGGUGAAGGAUUGUAUGACGGCUUGGGGUGGAUAGCCGAGCGAGUCGCAGGCAAGCCAACGACCUGAAACAGACUGGUUGUGCGUCGUCUUUGUGUUCCCAUCACACGGCCGACUUGUCAUUUAAGGUUUUGGAAAUAUGUUUAUUUGUGGGUACUUCAUGGAUGCAUCAUUUAUAUUCCAAGCAAUAUGGAUUCUUUUUUUUUCCCGCAGCACUAUUUAUUCUGCAGAUUGAUGUUGCAACUGUUUAGAAUUUAAUGCCAAUGUAAACAAUCCUCGUUA